CGCUCGGACCAGUGCAGUGUCGGGCGGUCCUCUGGGCAGGUCGCCACGCUCCGCAGUGCUGCGGCCGAACCACCAACCUGCGCCGCCAGAAUUAGUCGACCGCUGGUAAUUCGGACCACUCCAUCAGACCGACAUCAUGCUCGACAUCCUUAAAUCCGUGAAGGGUGUGCUGAAGCCCGAAGCUGUGUGCAUCGACAACAAUGUGUUUCGCCUGCACUACAAAGGGACCACAGCACUUCUGCUCGUAUGCUGCCUUCUGGUCACGUCCAAGCAGUACCUCGGUGACCCAAUCGACUGCAUUUUCGACGGCGUCAAGGACAAGGAGAAGGGCAAGGCGAUGGACACCUACUGCUGGAUUCACUCGACAUUCACCGUGCAGGUGCCGCCGAACCGAACGGGGAAAAUCGGCGAGCAGUUCCCGUACCCAGGCGUGGUGACGCCACAGGAAGGCGACAAGUUUAAGCACCACUUGUACUACCAGUGGGUGGCAUUCACGCUCUUCUUCCAGGCGAUGCUCUUCUACGUGCCGCACUACCUGUGGCAGGUGUGGGAGGGCCAGAAGUGCCAGAUGCUGGUGAUGGACAUGCAGUCCCCCGUGACGAAGGAAGAGGCGCGCCGGGACAGGCAAAAACUCAUCACCAACUACUUCUCGCUUAACCUGCAUCAUCACAACUUUUACGCUGUGCGAUUCUUCUGUUGCGAAGUUCUCAACUUCUUGAACGUCAUUGCGCAGAUCUUCUUCACGGACCUGUUUCUGGGCUACGAGUUCACGACGUACGGCUGGCGCGUGGUCCAGUUCGCCAACAUGGAUCAGGAGGACCGGCCCGACCCGAUGGCGCUCGUGUUCCCCAAGAUGACCAAGUGCACGUUCCACAAGUACGGGGCCUCCGGCACCGUGCAGCGCAUCGACGGACUUUGUGUGCUUCCCCUCAACAUCAUCAACGAGAAGAUCUACAUAAUGCUGUGGUUCUGGUUCAUAGUGCUGUCGGCGUUAACGGGUAUGGUGCUGCUGUAUCGAAUCGCUCAGGUGUUCUACCCGCAGCUGAGGCUCCAGCUGCUUGUGGUGCGCGCCAGACUGGCUUCGCACCAUGACGUUGCUAUCGUUGCGCGCAAAUGCCAGAUCGGCGACUGGUUUGUGCUGUACCAGAUGGGAAAGAACAUGGACCCAAUCGCGUUCAAGGAACUGAUCGGGAAACUAGCAAUGCGUUUUGAGGGCAAGGACACGGAGAAGUAGCGGACAGUGAUAUGAAGAUGACGUAGAAUUGUGUUGUGGCCAAGGCGAUCUAUACCAUAUGUCAUCCCGUUGGUGGCAGCGGAUUGGUGUCGACUGUCGAGUGUUCUUUUGGCUGUUUUCCUCAUUACGCAGCAAUAGCGCUGGGUUUGGCGUGUGUAAAGUGUAUGCAUUACACAAGUGUUAACAUGAUGAGCGAUGUACAUGAUUUGUCUCUUGUUGGCUAAUUAGUAAUUAGCUUAUUUGUCACUGAAAUACUGAAGUAGGUGUCUUCUUAACUGCAAAGAAGUCUCAAGUCUGAACCGGAGCGUCGAAAGAGGAGCUGUGUGGUAACUGGUAACUCUGUCGGAGUGCUAAUGAAGACUAGACUUUUUUAACUGACCUGAAAAAUGGAUUUAAUUGCGUACUUUUUAUGGCUGAUUAGGUAUAGGUAUAUCAAUGCAUUGCCACACUG